AUGUUGUUUUCUCAAGGCUUCCGUACGGCAGAAAGUCUCGCGUCCAAGAUUGUCCCCUUCUUCAAUUUGUGCUCGGAGCAACUUUCGCCACAACCCCAUUAUGACUUUGGACUUCGUGCUCUUAAAGCUGUUCUUGCCAGUGCCGGUAUUCUGAAGCGUGAAAGGCUUUCAAAUACCUCGCAGGAAGUGGACGACAUUCCGGAUACCAUUGCAGAACAGAUGAUCUUGAUCCAGAGCGUAACGGAAACCAUUGUGCCCAAACUAGUCGCGGAUGAUGUGCCUCUCCUGACUAGUUUGUUGGCCGAUGUUUUCCCUGGUACGCACUAUGAGCCCGUAAACCUCGAUGAUCUUCGGGAGAAAAUCAUCGAAGUCUGCAAGGAGCGCCGUCUUAUAACUGGAGAGCGAUGGAUGGCGAAGAUUAUGCAGCUCUACCAGAUUCAGAAAAUCCAACACGGUCUCAUGAUGGUUGGUCCCUCAGGAAGCGGAAAGUCCAAUGCCUGGCAGGUACUCCUAGCAGCAUUGGAGCGACUGGACAAGACGGAAGGUGUCGCGUAUGUCAUCGAUCCUAAAGCCAUUCACAAGGACGCGCUCUAUGGAACGCUCGAUCAGACCACUCGCGAAUGGAAUGAUGGUCUGUUUACACACAUUCUUCGUAAGAUUGUGGACAAUGUGCGAGGAGAGGUCGCCAAGAGGCAUUGGAUUAUAUUCGAUGGAGAUGUAGACCCAGAGUGGGUGGAAAAUCUGAACAGUGUCUUGGAUGACAACAAACUCUUGACGUUGCCAAAUGGCGAACGUCUCAACCUUCCCCCAAACGUACGCAUCAUGUUCGAAGUCGAGCACUUGCGGUACGCGACACCGGCCACUGUCAGCCGUUGCGGUAUGAUCUGGUUCAGCGAGGACAUUGUCGAGCCGGAAAUGCUCUAUCGCAACUAUCUCGACACCCUUUCCAAUGUAGCGUUGGAUGCAGAGGACGACGAUUCACCCAUCCGUCGCCUCGACAGCUCUGAGUUCUCGUCACCACAUCUUGCUACCCAGCGGGCGAUUGUUACCGUGCUUGAACCCUUCUUCGCAAAGGACGGAUUGGUCAAUGCUGCAAUUGAACAUGCGCAGUCCAUCGAGCAUAUUAUGGAUUUCACGGUCACUCGUGCUCUCAGCACGCUCUUCUCAUUGAUCAACAAGACGACCCGAAACGUGAUCGAGUACAAUAUCCAACAUCCCGACUUUCCCCUCGCUCAGGAAAAGAUAGAGCAAUACGUAUCCCGAAGGAUGCUCGUCAGUCUCAUCUGGGCAUUCUCCGGCGACUCUCGCCUCGACUUGAGGGCGGAGAUGGGGCAUUUCCUACGCGACCGAACUCCUGUCGACCUACCUGCGAUGCUUGCAGGAACAUCGCUCAUCGACUUCGAUGUGCAUGUUUCUAGCGGAGAGUGGAUACAGUGGCAAACUCGCGUCCCUGUCAUCGACAUCGAGGCCCAUGCAGUGACGGCCUCUGAUGUUGUCGUACCUACUAUGGACACUGUUCGCCACGAAGAAAUCCUAUAUUCAUGGCUUUCGGAGCACAAGCCUCUAAUGCUUUGCGGCCCUCCGGGUUCAGGGAAGACGAUGACCUUGUUUAGUGCUCUCCGCAAGCUUCCAGACAUGGAAGUAGUGGGAUUGAACUUUUCGAGCGCGACCACUCCCGAGCUUAUCCUCAAGACUUUCGACCAGUACUGCGAGUACCGAAAGACGCCCAAUGGUGUCAUCCUUUCACCAGUACAGAUUGGCCGAUGGCUCGUCUUGUUCUGUGACGAGAUAAAUCUUCCAGCUACGGACAAGUACGGCACCCAGCGCGUCAUCUCUUUCCUUCGGCAGCUCGUUGAGAGUGGUGGUUUCUAUCGCACUACUGACAUGUCCUGGGUCAAGCUCGAGAGGAUUCAGUUCGUCGGUGCAUGUAACCCUCCAACUGAUCCAGGUCGGGUUCCGUUGAGCCAUCGCUUCCUCCGGCAUGCACCGCUGAUCAUGGUAGACUAUCCCGGAGAGAUCUCGCUUAAGCAGAUCUACGGCACCUACUCAAGGGCCCUUUUGAAGGUGGUCCCCAAUCUUCGCCCUUAUGCGGAGCCAUUGACUGAUGCCAUGGUCACUUUCUACCUCGCCUCCCAACGCCGAUUCACCACCGACGUUCAAGCUCACUACGUAUAUAGCCCUCGUGAGCUUACACGCUGGGUUCGUGGUAUUUUCGAGGCCAUUAGACCGCUGGAAGUUCUCCCGGUCGAAGGGCUCGUACGGGUCUGGGCCCACGAAGCGUUGCGCCUCUUCCAAGAUCGCCUUGUGACAGAGGAGGAGCGCACUUGGACCGAUGAGCAAAUUGAUUCUAUAGCUACAACUCAUUUCCCUACGAUCAACCGAGACGAGGCUCUCAAUCGUCCGAUACUGUUCUCCAACUGGACCUCCAAGAACUAUAUUCCAGUCGAGCGCGAGGCUCUACGAGAGUACAUCAAAGCACGUCUGAAGAUUUUUCACGAAGAAGAGCUAGAUGUGCAGCUGGUCCUUUUCAACGACGUGUUGGAUCAUGUACUAAGAAUCGACCGGGUGUUCCGACAAGUUCAGGGCCACUUACUUCUCAUCGGUGUCAGCGGAAGCGGCAAGACGACGUUGUCACGCUUCGUUGCAUGGAUGAACGGUUUGAGCAUCUUCCAGAUCAAGGUAUCCAACAAAUACACUGGAGAAGACUUUGACGAAGACCUGAGAACGGUCCUUCGUCGCGCUGGGUGCAAAGGCGAGAAAAUCUGCUUCAUCAUGGAUGAGUCCAAUGUUCUGGACUCCGGUUUCCUCGAACGCAUGAACACUCUACUUGCCAACGCAGAGGUUCCAGGUCUGUUCGAAGGCGACGAGCACUCAGCGUUGAUGACGGCAUGUAAAGAGGGAUCACAGCGUGAUGGUUUGAUGCUCGACUCUCACGAAGAGCUUUACAAAUGGUUCACACAACAAGUUGCCAAGAAUCUCCACGUUGUUUUCACGAUGAAUCCACCCGAGAAUGGCCUCGCCUCACGUGCGGCUACUUCUCCGGCCUUGUUCAAUCGCUGCGUCCUCGAUUGGUUCGGUGAUUGGCCAGACCAAGCUUUCUUCCAAGUUGGCUUGGAGCUCACCCAUACCCUGGAUCUCGACUUGGCCACAUAUACCCCGCCUCUCAUUUUCCCUAUCGCAUAUCGCCAGUUGUCAGUUCCCCCUGUGCAUCGAACCGCUGUUAUCAACGCAUUUGUGCAUGUGCAUCAGACACUAUACAACAUCAACGCUCGUAUCAGCAAGCGACAGGGAAGAUACAACUAUGUGACACCACGACACUACUUGGACUUCAUCUCUCAUUACGUGCGACUGUACAGCGAAAAGAGGGAUGAGCUUGAGGAACAGCAAAGGCACUUGCAUGUUGGCCUUGACAAGCUGCGUGAUACCGUAACCCAAGUUGAGGAGCUAAGGAAAAGCUUGGCCAUCAAACGAACUCAACUAAAGGAAAAAGACGCACAAGCCAACGCGAAACUCAGACAGAUGGUUGCCGAUCAGCAGGAAGCAGAGCAGAAAAAGGCCGCAUCUAUUCAAAUUCAAGCGGCUUUGGUCGAGCAGGAGAAGAGCAUUGAAGAAAGGCGCCUUAUUGUCACCAGAGACCUCGCAGAAGCCCAGCCUGCCGUUGAAAAGGCACGUCAGGCCGUCAAUGGUAUCAAGCGACAACACCUUGUGGAGGUUCGUUCAAUGGCAAACCCUCCAGAGGCCGUCAAAUUGGCUAUGGAGUCCGUAUGUACUCUUCUGGGCCACAAGAUCGAUUCUUGGAGAACCGUCCAAGGUAUUCUUCGCCGAGACGACUUCAUCCCGCGCAUCGUCAACUUCGAAACGGAGAAGAGUAUGACCGGGGCUUUACGUGACCUGAUGAACAAGGAGUUCCUCAGCCGUAGCUCAUACAACUAUGAGACCGUCAAUCGCGCUAGCAAAGCAUGCGGCCCUCUGGUUGAGUGGGUUAUAGCUCAAGUACGCUUCUCCGAAAUCCUUGAUAGAAUCGAGCCGCUGCAAAACGAGAUGCAGUCGCUCGAGAGGCAAGCGGAAAGCACGAAGCAGAAGGCAACGACAAUCAUUGGCAUGAUCAAGGAACUCGAAUCCAGUAUCGAACGCUACAAGGAGGAAUAUGCUCUCUUGAUUAGCGAAACCCAGGCCAUCAAGUCGGAGAUGGAAAGGGUCGAGAGUAAGGUUAAUCGUAGUAUGACCUUGCUCGAUAGUCUGGCAUCCGAACGAACGCGUUGGGAGGCUAGCAGUCGCACCUUUGACACGGAGAUGAGCACAAUUGUAGGAGACUGUCUCAUCUCGGCGGCUUUCCUUGCCUAUGGCGGUUUCUUCGAUCAGCAUUACCGCGAGGUCAUGUGGUCAGAAUGGACCGCGCAUCUGACAGAAGCCGGAAUCAAGUUCAAGCCCGAACUUUCCUUCCCAGAUUAUCUCUCCACAGCGGAUGACCGCCUGAGCUGGCAAUCCAAGGCUUUACCGGCGGAUACAUUGUGCACGGAGAAUGCAAUCAUGUUGAAGCGCUUCAAUCGGUAUCCACUCAUCAUCGACCCUACCGGACAAGCCACUACCUUCUUGCUCAACGAGUAUCGUGACAAGAAGAUCACGGUGACCAGUUUCCUCGAUGAGGCUUUCCUCAAGAAUCUUGAGAGCGCUCUUCGGUUCGGUAAUCCGUUGCUCAUACAAGAUGUCGAACAUCUGGAUCCUGUGCUGAAUGCAGUACUCAACAAGGAAAUCAGAAGAACGGGAGGACGAGUCUUAAUCCGGCUCGGCAGUCAAGAUAUCGAUUUCUCCCCGUCGUUCACCAUGUUCCUGUCAACCCGCGACCCUUCGGUCGAGUUUUCUCCCGAUAUUUGCUCUCGCGUUACGUUUGUCAACUUUACGAUGACGCGAAGCAGCCUGCAGAGUCAAUCGCUGGACCAGGCGCUCAAAGUCGAACGUCCCGACACCGAGCGCAAGCGGACAGAUUUGAUGAAGGUGCAGGGAGAAUUUAGACUUCGCCUCCGCACACUGGAAAAGUUGCUGCUUCAGGCACUGAACGAGUCUACUGGUAGCAUCCUAGACGAUGACAAGGUUAUCAACACACUGGAGACAUUGAAGAGGGAGGCAGCCGAGAUCACCCGGAAGGUAGAAGAGACCGACUCAGUGAUGCGCGAGGUCGAACAGGUGACGGCGGAAUAUCUGCCACUUGCACAAGCCUGCAGCUCUACGUUCUUUGUAUUGGAGCAGCUGAGCACCAUCAACCAUUUCUAUCAAUUCUCCCUCAACUUCUUCCUUGACAUUUUCAAUUAUGUCUUGCACCAUAAUCCAAACCUCAAGUCUGUCACCGAUUACCUGCGCAGAAGAGAGAUAUUGUGGAACGAUCUGUUCCUGACCGUCUACAAACGCACCUCUCGCGCACUUCUAUACCGCGAUCAUGUCGUCCUUGCGGUCCUUCUCGCCCAAAUCAAGCUACGAGGAACGGAGGAUAUCAGCGAUGAACUCGAGUUUCUAAUGGAGAGUGGCGAGGGCGGUGCUUCAAUGGGCGGAAGUGAUGGCUCAUCUCUGCUUUCGGGAGAGCAAGCCGCAAGGCUUCAGCGAUUCACAAGUUAUGCACCAUUUAAGGACGUCCAUGACUCGAUCAAGAAUGACGAAGGUGUUUGGAGGGACUUCUUGUUUGGAGCUACUCCUGAGCGACAAAUACCCAGCGUAUGGACAGGUGUUUCGCGCCCAAUGACUGCCGUCCGAAACCUUAUCAUCGUCAAGUGUUUCCGUCCCGACCGACUCGUCCAGGCGACAACCGCGUUCGCAAGCGAGAUGUUCGAGACAGACCUCGCCACUGAAGCACUCUUUGACCUCGGCAGAAUGGUUGCUGAUGAAGUUCCUGCCACUACGCCGCUCGCUCUCGUCUCCGUCACAGGCUAUGAUGCUAGUUUCAGGGUGGAGAACCUUGUCACAUCUUCAGGUGUCAAAUGCCAAUCCGUGGCUAUGGGCUCACAAGAAGGCUUUUCGUUGGCAGAGCAGGCAAUUGGUUCAGCAGCGCGUCAGGGAACCUGGGUGCUCCUGAAGAAUGUGCACCUUGCGCCAUCUUGGCUCGGUCAGCUGGAGAAGAAGCUGCAGACAGCCAAUCCCAGUCGCAAUUUCCGCCUCUUCCUGACCAUGGAAACUAAUCCCUCCAUACCUGUUAACAUCCUCCGUCAAUCACGCAUCAUUAUGAACGAGCCACCGCCGGGUAUCAAGGCGAAUCUCCUCGACAGCCUGCGUAGUAUACCGCCUUCAAGACUAUCAAAAGGUCCAGCUGAGAAGAUCCGACUCUACUUCCUCCUCGCUUGGUUCCAUGCCGUUGUACAGGAGCGCCUCCGCUAUGUCCCGUUGGGUUGGAGUAAAGUGUACGACUUCAAUGACUCUGACAUGGAAGCCGCCUUCAACACUAUUGACCAAUGGCUCCACUCCAUUGCGAAAGGGCGAGCAAACGUUGACCCUGCUUCUAUCCCUUGGGGUGCUAUAAAGUCCUUGAUCAAGCAAGCAGUGUAUGGAGGUCGCAUUGAUAGUGACUUUGAUCAGCAAGUCAUGGAUUCUUUUGUGGACAGUCUCUUCACGCCCAAGGCAUACAACGUCGAUUUUGAUCUAGUCCCGCGACUUGAGCCCGAGAAGGCCGUUGUCACUGUCCCUGAAGGCACAAAGAUGGAGCACUUCCUCUCUUGGGUCAACGGACUACCGGAACGUGAGCCUCCAAUCUGGCUCAGUCUUCCACCAACAGCAGAAAGGGUCAUUGCCGUAUCGCAAGGAAUGGAGAUGCUCAACAAGCUCAGAAAGAUGCGGACGCUAGAUGACGACGACGAUGAAGCCCCAGUAGCCAAAGGGGCCCAUGUGACAAAACUUCCGCGCCAGUCUUCGGACAGUCAAGAUCCGCUGUAUCGAUUCUUCAUGCGGGAGGCAAUUGUCGGAACCAAAUUAUUGCAACGGGUCAGAAAAGAUCUCGACGAUCUUAUUCUCGUUUGUCAAGGGCAGCUCAAACAAACAAAUCACUUGCGAAGUCUGAUGAGCCAAUUGGCAAAAGGUACGAUACCGACAAAUUGGAAACAAUACAAGGUCCCCAAGGCUAUGGCCGUAGCAGGGUGGAUCCCCAACUUUAGCCAGCGACUUGCGCAGUUGGAGAAGGUUGCGCAACUCAGUUCAUUCUCCGGUCUUAGUGUUUGGCUCGGUGGCCUCUUCUUCCCUGAAGCCUAUAUCACUGCGACAAGACAAGCCGUCGCGCACCGUAUGUCUUGGUCUCUUGAAACCUUGGACCUUCGUCUAGAUGUGGAACAGGCAGGGGAUCCUACUGCAUUCUCCGUCGAGGGUCUAGUUAUCGAGGGAGCUGAAUGGAAAGGCCGUCAUCUUGCCAUCAAUGAUGGCGAAUCUAUUCCUAUUAGCAGUUCGCAGCUACGAUGGGUGCAUGCUGGCGAUGAGAACAAGACAGGCGAGGACCAGAUCCAGGUCAACCUUCCAGUCUAUCUCAACAGUGACCGAAGCGACGUGCUGUUCACUAUCAACCUUCCUUUCUUAGCUAACGAUGCCGCCCUCAGCGUCAUUGUCGCACCCAUAUAG